GCAGGCGCAGCCCCGAGCAGCCGCGUCGCAGCGGAACUGCUGAGAUUCAGGCCGAGGGUGCGCGCUCAGACGCGGCGGGAGCAGCAGGCAAGCGGCGGCUCCCACCUCCCACGCCCCUCCAGGUGCACUCGGCGCCGCCCCCCUGCACCUGGCCGCGUUGCCCAGGCACUCAGGCCUGUGUCAGAAAAAGAGGGAGGGAGCUGCCCUGGAAAGCAGAAACGUAAGCCCCCCUGCGGAUCCUCGGACAGCUCUGGGGAGGGGUCCCGGGGAAGGUCACUGCGUCCAGCCGACCAGCAGGCAGCUAGGGCCCCCGGGCCCCGAGCCCCACUCCAGCCUUGCCACAUUCACCGGAACCGGGACUCUAAGCCCUGCGGGUGGCUUUCCAGGGUGGCAUUGACGCUGUGCGCUGCAGCCCACCCCAUCUCAGGCUCCCUCCUGCCCCAAGAUCAGCGUCCAGUGGGCCGCACCAUGGCCAUGAGCCUUCUGCAGGACUGGUGCCGGGGCCUGGACGUGGACGCGCACAGGGCCCUGCUGGUCACCGGCAUCCCGGAGGGCCUGGAGCAGGCGCACGUCGAAGCCGCCCUGCAGCCCUCCCUCCUGCCCCUGGGCACGUUCAGACUGCGACGCAUGAAGGCCUUGACGAACGAGAAGGCCCAGGCUGCCCUGGUGGAGUUUGUGGAGGACGUCAAUCACGCCGCCAUUCCCAGGGAGAUCCCGGGCAAGGAUGGGGUCUGGAGGGUUCUGUGGAAGGACCGUGCGCAGGACACGAGGGUCCUGAAGCAGAUGAGACGCCUGCUGCUGGAUGACGGGCCUGCGCAGGCCGCGGUGGCUGGGACCCCGGGGGAGGCGCCCACCCUUCCCGCUUCGGAGACCCAGGCCCAGGAUUCUGGGGAGGUGACAGGGCAGGCUGGCUCGCCUCUUGGGGCAGCCAAGAACACAAGGAGAGGCCGGCGGGGUCGCAGAAACAGAACCAGACGCAACAGGUUGACUCAGAAGGGCAAGAAGAGAAGCCGAGGAGGGCGGCCAUCAGCUUCCGCGAGGAGUGAGGCCGAGGACUCUUCCGACGACAGCCUGGGCAUCGUGAUCGAGGAGAUCGACAAGGGCGACCUGAGCGGAGACGAGGACCAGAGCGCGCUGUACGCCACGCUCCAGGCGGCCGCCAGGGAGCUGGUUAGGCAGUGGGCGCCCUGCAGCUCCGAGGGGGAAGAAGACGGUCCCCGCGAGUUCUUGGCUCUGGUCACUGUCACCGAUAAAGCCAAGAAAGAAGAGGCAGAGAAGGAGCCAGCUGGGGCCGAAUCCAUCCCCUUGAACACCAAAGAAGGCAAAAGCUGCAUCCCCGACUUAGUGGCCCUGCUGGCUGUGAGAGACACCCCGGAGGAGGAGCCGGUAGACAGCGACGCCUCGGAGAGCGACUCGCAGGAAAGUGAGGACCAAGAAACAGAGGGGUUGGACAAUCCUGAGUUCGUGGCCAUUGUGGCCUAUACCGACCCGUCGGACCCCUGGGCCCGGGAGGAGAUGUUGAAAAUCGCUUCUGUGAUCGAGUCGCUGGGCUGGAGCGACAAGAAAGACAAGCAAGACGCGCUGCGACAGGUCCUGUCCGUCAUGUCCAAGGACACUUGCGGGACCCGCGUGAAGGUGGAGGAGGCGGGCCGUGAGGUGGACGCGGUGGUCCUGCGCAAGGCCGGAGACGACGGGGACCUCCGGGAGUGCAUUUCCACCUUGGCGCAGCUGGAUCUCCCUCCCCAGGUGAAGAAGGCUGGGCGUGGCCUCUUCGGGGGCUGGGGCGAGGACGGUGAGGAUGAGGGGGGCCUUCUGGAGCUGGUGGCGCUCCUGGCUGCGCAGGAUAUGGCGGAGGUGAUGAAGGAAGAAAAAGAAAACGCCUGGGAAGGCGGGAAGUACAAAUACCCCAAAGGCAAACUGGGGGAGGUAUUGGCGCUCCUGGCCGCCAGGGAAAACCUGGGGUCCAACGAGGGUUCGGAGGAGGCUUCGGACGAACAGUCCGAGGAAGAGUCGGAGGACACGGAGAGCGAGGCGUCGGAGCCCGAGGACAGGGCAUCCACGAAGCCCCGGGCCAAGAGGGCUCGCACCGCCCCCCGGGGCCUGACUCCGGCCGGCGCGCCACCCACCGCGUCCGGGGCCCGCAAAACGCGCGGGGACGGCAGAGGCCGAGGCCGGGGCGUCACUCCCGAGAAGAAAGCCGGGAGCCGGGGCUCAGCUCUGGACGACGCCGCGGGAAGCAGGAAGAAAAAGGGGAGCACGGGCGCUGGUGCACACGUCAAGGCUGGCGAGGCCAAGGGCCAGGCUUCCACUGGCUCCAAGGCCGCUCGCGGGAAGAAGGCCCGUCGGGGCCGUAGGCUGCCCCCUAAAUGCCGCUAGCGGCCCCCCGGGCUGUGAGCCGGCCCAGCAGGGCGCCCGAGUGUGCCCCCCCCCGCCCUCCCUCUCCCUACCCUCUUCCCUCCCUCCGCAGGCGCGACCUCCUCGCUUCACCCGGCGCCCGGGCCGCGUUUGCCGGUGUCACGUUCCCCUCUCGGGCCCUCACGGGCCUGGGGCACCAGCGAUCCCGACGGAGGAAGCCCAGAUGGAUGGAGGAAAGAGACGUACUCUCGAAGCAGCGGCGAGGGGCCGAGAUGGGCACCAGGGUUGAGGGGCCUGGGUCGCCCCUGGCGGGGGUGUGGGUGGACACCGGGCAUCUGCGGAGGCGAGCAGGGCUCUUUACCGAGCCCGAGCCUGGCAGGGACUGCCGGUCGCUGUCUCCCCCUCCCCAGUCUGACUCGGCCCAGGGUCUGUGAUGGAGGUUUGGUCACCAGCUGAGCAGCGCGUGUCAGGGCGCAGCUCCCAGCCAGAGGAGGCCCCAGCUCCUACCCAGGAGAGGAGAUUAUUCCAGCAAGGAAAAGUCAGAGAGACUGACGGGGGAUGGGAAGGGGAGGAGGAGAAAAGGGGAGAGGAACGGUGGGGGAAGGGAAGGAGGAGGAGGAAGAGCAGAGGGAAGACACAGACACACAGCAGCUCUGCCCACCGGCGGCCCUGAUACAAAGGAGCCAGCCCCAGGCCGAGGCCACCUGCCGCUGACCACAAGCUGAAUUUGUCACUUAGACUGCAGUGUUUCCCAACAUUCUAAUUAUUUGCCGACAUGUUCCAUUUGGGGAAAUUCACAUAAAAUCCAGAGUCUUGGUUCCUCUGGGCUGUGGCCCUGCCCCCCCCCCCAUUGGUUAUGGCUCCCGUGGGUCCCCACUCUCCCAUGGAGCUGACCCACCGCUCAGCGCUGGCCUUGCAGCCCUAAAGACCUUGAAAGUCCCUAGGUUCACCCCCUGAGUGAAUUAAAAGCCAGAGGGGUCCCUGAAGGACGCGGUGAGGGGCAGAGGCUCACCUAGGCAGUGCAGAAGCUGGCAAUGUGUCCCUCCUUACAGGGGAUGAAAAGACCUGGGAGGAAAUCCCAACCCUGCCAGGGAGGUUUCCGAGUAGGCAGGGCCGGGGCUCUCCAGCUUCAGCACCUGCUGUCCCAAGUGCAGACGCUUCAGCUGUGUGUGAUUCUGUGCUGUGCCGUUCGCUUCAGCUCCCCCAACCCCUGCUGAGCUUGAUAUUUCCCUAGAUAUCGGUCUCCACAGGACCCCUUGUUCGUUCCUGCCUUCCUGUCCCUGAGGCAAUGUGUGUGCUUCCUCGUCCCAAUUUCUAUACCCUGGCAGUAUAGGGAGCUCGACGUGCAAGGAGGCCCUGCCCUGCUUGUCUCUGGGAAAAAACGGGGGGGCCUGGAUGCGGCCUCGAAGCCUGGACUGGACUGUCAGGGACACCCAGAUGCAGAAGCCAACUGGGAGCUGCUGCAGGGCUUGGGUGAUCCUCCCUGCAGAGGCUGCCCCGGACAGUGACCCACCCACCAAGGAGCAGGCUGGGUGUGCGGAGGGCUGGGUACAGCAGCCUGCAGUGUUGCUGUGGGUGGGGAGGGCCCUAGGUGUGCUUCUCCCGUGUGAUUCUAAGCUUCUCUCCCUGUGCACCAUAGCAGUUCUAGGCUUCUCUCCCUGUGCGCUGUGUCACCUGGAUCCUCCAGUAAAGUGAAAUUCAGCAUU